CAUUUCGAUGUUUUCAAAUCGAUCUAUCGACUCGAUUAUCGGUUCUCCAUCUUGUUUACUUUGGGUGAAAAUAAAUCAUUAAGAAUCUAAAUGAUUAAGAUUUGUUGUUUUUGCUAUCAAUUUCUGCCUAAACUUGAUUGUUAAUUAGUUGAUUGUCGCCGGUAAAUUAUGAAACAUUUCGCUCUGAUAUUGGCUCGUUCUGGAAGCAAAUCAAUCAGAGAUAAAAAUAUCUUCCCGAUCAAUGGAUUACCUUUAAUUGCCUAUUGCUUAAAGGUUCUUGAUUGUUGUCAUUUUCUUGAUGAUAUUUGGGUAUCAACGGAUGAUCAACGUAUCGCUGAUGUGUCACAAUCAAUUUCACCUCGAGUUAAGAUCAAUUAUCGAUCUCAAUCAUCAUCUCAAGAUAAAUGUUCAUCAAUUGAUUCAGUUAAAGAUUUUCUUGUCUCUACUCAAGAAUUUGGUGUAAUCUAUUUAAUCCAAUGUACAUCUCCAUGUUUAAAGAUUAAUUAUAUCAAACAAGCUUAUGAUUUAAUCAAUUCUGGUUCAUGGGAUUCAGUUUUUUCUGUAACUAAGUCUCAUCAUUUACGAUGGUCAGUUAAUUGUGACCAAUCAGUUAGUCCACUUAAUUUUAAUCCUCAACAAAGACCACGAAGACAAGACUGGCCUGGUGAUCUAAUUGAAUCUGGUCACUUUUACGUUGCAAAGACCAAACUAAUUUUGGAAAAAAAUUUACUACAAAGUGAAAGUAAAUCAACAAUUGUAGAGAUUCCUAAUUGUAUGUCCCUUGAACUUGAUGAACUUUGGCAGAUCCCGUUCAUUGAAUUAAUGAUUAAAUUACAUUACGAAGAUCCUCAAACUAUUAAAUGAGGCGAAUUGAACUUCCAAGGUAAUCAGUUAACAAUCAAGAUCGAUCUCAAUUGUAUUGAACUAAAGGGAAAAUCAACUUUGUAACGAAACAAUUUACAAAUGAUGAAACGUUUGAUGAUUAAAGUGAUGGUGAACAUUGA